AUGUACGGGGGCUACGGGAUGGCGCGGCCGCAGACGGCGAGCACGCACGCAACCGUCAAGCUCAGGAAGUUCCUCCUGCGGUACUACCCGCCCGGCAUUAUCAUCGAAUACGACCGCAACGGGGAGCUGCGGCAAAAGUCCGUCGACCUGCUCGACCUGUCCGCCGAAAUGGAUCUCCAGGCGCUGGCGGACCGCGUGGUGUCGCGGGAGCCCCUCCUGAGCCAGAAGCACCGCACGGUGGUCGCGCAGCUGCUCCGGCGGCUCGUCGAGAAGCUCAACCACGACCCGCACGGCAACUUCGAGCUCUACAAGGUCCUGCGCGCGCACCUGCUGCCGCUGACGAACUGCGCGUUCAACAAGCAGGGCGACCGCUUCAUCACGGGGUCGUACGACCGCACGUGCAAGAUCUGGGACACGUACACCGGCGAGGAGGUGCACACGCUCGAGGGGCACAAGAACGUGGUCUACGCCAUCGCGUUCAACAACCCGUACGGCGACAAGGUCGCCACGGGCUCCUUCGACAAGACGUGCAAGCUCUGGGACGCGAACACGGGGCAGCUGUACUACACGCUCCGGGGCCACUUCACGGAGAUCGUGUGCGUGUCGUUCAACCCCCAGUCGACCGCCAUCGCCACGGGGUCCAUGGACAACUCGGCCAAGCUCUGGGACGUGGAGACGGGCGAGGAGCUCAACACGCUGCAGGGACACGCCGCGGAGAUCGUGUCGCUGAACUUCUCCACGGAGGGCCGGGCGAUUUUGACGGGGUCGUUCGACAACACGUGCAAGAUCUGGGACGUGCGGACGGGGGCGUGCGUGCACACGCUGGCGGGGCACCGCGGGGAGGUGUCGGCGGCGCAGUUCAACUGGGCGGGCGACAUGGCGGUGUCGGGGUCCGCGGACAAGACGCUGCGCGUGUGGGACUGCCGCAUGGGCCGGUGUCUGAGCAUCAAGCAGGGCCACACGGACGAGGUCCUGGACGUGUGCUGGAACGCGUCGGGGAGCGCGUACCUGAGCGCGUCGGCGGACGGCACGGCGCGGAUCUACAACACGGCGACGGGGCAGUGCGAGCACGAGCUCACGGGCCACACGGGCGAGAUCAGCAAGGCGGCGUUCAACCCGCAGGGCACCAAGGCGCUGACGGCGAGCAGCGACGGCACGGCGUGCGUGUGGGACGUGGCGACGGGCGGGUGCGUGCAGACGCUGGAGGGGCACCGCGACGAGAUCUUCUCGUGCUCGUUCAACUACGAGGGGAGCUACAUCAUCACGGGGUCCAAAGACAACACCUGCCGGGUCUGGCGGUCCAGCGCCGCCGCCGACGAAAGCAUCCUGUGA